CCAGGUCUUUUUCAAUCUUCUUUUUCUAUUUAAAUGUUGUUACUUUAUUUGUGUACCUCAAAGGUUAUUGCUUUAAAAAUGUGUGUGUUAUUGUCUUCUGAUAAUAUUUUACACAUUUUUCAUUAUUUUCUUAUUUAAUGAAAGUAAAUUUGUAUUGCAUCUGAUCAUUAAAUAUACUUGUUGUGAAUAUCAGAUUUUGUGUUCAACUAAGUCCAUCCCAGUUGAUCCUUCAAAUUUUAGCUGAAAGUGCCAAGGGCAAAUCUGCUGACGACACUUCAGACUGUAUAUGGUACUAUCUGAUAUUUAUUGCAGUGCAUAAUUAUUUGAAUCAAAAUAUUGGAGAUUAUAAACAUGACAGAAGGUAAGUCCUUCAAAGAUGCAGAGGAUUCUGCAUUAAAUGGUGAAGAUUCUAAUUCAAAAGACAAUAUUUGCAGAGAUUUUUUGCGAAAUGUUUGCAAGAGAGGAAAGCUGUGCAAGUUCAAACAUCCUGAAGGUUAUGAGGCAGAAGCAUUAGGGAAAAAAGAUAUUGUGUUUUGUCAUGAUUUUCAAAAUAAAGAGUGCAGACGACCUAAUUGCAAAUUUGUCCAUUGCACUAAACAAGAGGAAGAAAUUUUUCGAUCCACGGGUCGACUUCCAGAAACUGUUCUAGAAAGUAUGGGGAAUGCUGGUUAUAAUACAAUCUCCAAAAUACCAAUUUGCAAGGAUUAUUUGAAAGGUGAAUGCAGACGAGCUGGCCGUUGCAAAUUUAGACACAUGUCUAACUAUGAUUUUCAAAUGGAAGCAAGUGGUCAAAAUAAUCGAAUGAGAAGAGAUCAUAUUGAAAAUGAUCGCUUUGACAAUUUCAAUGGGUAUGAGCCACAGCCAAAAAGGCGAGCAUAUGAAAAUACUUUUUCAGAUGCUCAUUACCCACCCAAUGAUAGAAAGCCAAUGGUGACUCCUCAUUAUUUAUUAGAAGAAGAAAAUGCCAUGCUUUUACACAAAAUUGAAGAGCUGAAAAAACAAGUUUUAGAUUUGACAGCUACUAAUGAAUUUUUACUCGAUCAAAAUGCUCAACUGCGAGUUAGCAAACAAACAUUAGUUUCUCCCAUUUCUCAACAACUCAUACCACAUACUCUUACACCUACCAUGUCAUCUUUACCCCCACCUUCCAUUACACAAUUGUCGCAAAUACCUCUGAGUACCGACCUUGGUGCUGCAUCACUCGCGCCUGAUCUUACAUUAACUCCAGUUUCAAUAGCACCUUCACAAGUCACCCUUCCAACAAUUUCAGCUGCAUCUCUUUCUCAAAGUUUACCACAGACUAUCAUUACAUCAACAGCUCUCAUAUCUUACCCUAUUAUGACCCAGAGUAUGCGGCCUGUUAUUCCACAUAGCUUAGGAUAAUCUCAUGGUAUCUUUCGACUAUCUGGCAUUCUAUAAUAUUUAAUCGGUGAUUAUGUAUUAUUAUUAAUUCAGUGCAUUAGGAUGGAAAGGGAAUGUAUGUUAUUUUGUAGAUAAUGAGAAAUAUUUUGAUGUUUCAUACAUUCCGCUAAAGACUGAAAACCUUUCAAAAGUUUUAUUUUUUAAAUUCUUGUUUUGACAGCCAGAGAACAAUGAACUGCUAUUAAAUCUUUUAUGUAGUAGUGAAUUUUCUUGCUUCUCUAUUCAUAAUUUUUUUUUUUUUUAACUUUUACAUUUGAACAUUCACUAAGAUAGUUGAAAGCUAUGUGAACCUCAUCAAGAUAUGACUAGAUAUAAUGUACAGUAUUCGAUGUAAUCUGAAUAUGGAUACCAUAUAAUGUAACACUGUUUAGUUUAUUUCCUUUCCUGUAUGUGUAUGUUAUUCAGGUCAUUAAGAGAUCUUGAUGGGGUCAUAUGACUUUUUAUAACACCUAAUAUAAACACAAGUUUUUGAAAUUUAUUUUCCUUUUUUUAAGAAUGUUGCACUAAAAUAUUAUGGCAAUAUUACUUCAAAAGAAAUAUUUUGAAUUUUACUUCAAACGAAUUCUUUCAAAAAUAUAUAGAGCCUAGAAAUAAAUCCCUACUAUUAUAAAUUAUUUUAUUACAUAAUCAGGUAGAUAAGAAUUAAACUUUGUUAUUUUGAAAUUUUUCUGUUAUGUUGUUUAUUCAUUAAUUUUUUAAAUAUUUUUUUUGUCAUGUUAUACAUCACAGUCUUAUUUAUUUACAUUGAAGACUUGUCUUAUGUUAACUAGUUGCCAAAGAGGUAAAAAUAUAUUUUGUCCCCCUUUUUUUUUAUUUAUAUUGAUAAAUGUUGCCACAUUUCAAACUGCAAAUAAAUAAUAAUAAUAACAGAAAAAAAAAGAAUUUCAUAAUGAAUAUUUCCAAAUUAUCUUUAAAAGAGCCAGAAAGAACAUAGAAAUAAGUAAUAAGACUAGUAAUUGUUUAAUAAAGUAAAACUUUUAAUAUUAUUGCUGUUUUAUAUAUUUAACUUUUUUUUUAUGCAAAAUGAACAUUUCAUAAGCUAUAUGUGGAAUAAUACUGGACUAUUAUGAGAAUUCUUAUACACUUUAAUCUUUUCUUGAAAAAC